UGAAGAAGAUUGUAAAUGACUCGAAGAUCAACAAUGAGUCCUCAAAAUUAUAAAAAUCAUAUCACAACAAAAGCUAUGGCAUCCAAUGGUUAUACUGAUACUGAGACUCUUUCUAAGGAGUCCAAAAAUCAUUCAUCACCUUCAAUGCCAUGGUUUGGCAUGGAUAUAGGAGGUACAUUAUCUAAAUUAGUAUAUUUUGAACCUAAAGAUACUACAAGAGAUGAAGCAGAUGCAGAACUUGAGACUCUAAAAAAUAUUCGACGAUAUUUAACUAAAAAUUCAGCAUAUGGAAAAACAGGUCAUAGAGAUACACAUUUGCAAAUGGAUAAUGUUUGCAUUAGAGGUAGACGUGGUACAUUACAUUUUAUUAGAUUUCCUACAAGUGAAAUGGGAAAUUUUUUAGCAUUAGCAAGAUCUAAAGGUAUGGCAAAUCUUGUAACAACAGUUUGUGCUACAGGUGGUGGAGCAUAUAAAUUUGAAAAUAAUUUUAAACAAGAAGUAAAUAUGAAUUUAGCAAAAUUUGAUGAACUAGAUAGUUUAAUACGUGGUAUGCUUUAUAUUGAAACAACAAAUCCACAUGAAUGUUAUUAUUGGUCUCAUCCUACAGAUGAUAAUAAAUGUCAGAAAGUUCCCUAUGAUUUUUCUGAACCCUAUCCUUUUUUGCUUGUAAAUAUAGGAUCAGGAGUAAGCAUUUUAGCUGUUUAUGGACCAGAAAAUUAUAAAAGAAUAUCUGGCACCAGUCUAGGUGGAGGUACAUUUUUAGGAUUAUGUUGUUUAUUAACUGGAUGCAACACUUUUGAAGAAGCAAUAGAGUUAGCAACUGGAGGUGAUAAUACUAGAGUAGAUAAAUUAGUUAAGGAUAUUUAUGGUGGAGAUUAUGGUCCUUUUGGUCUUCCUGGAGAUCUUGUUGCAAGCAGUUUUGGACAAAUGAAUUCUAAAGAGCGACGGAAUGCCGUUAGUAAACAAGAUCUUGCACGUGCAACACUUGUUACUAUUACAAACAAUAUUGGCUCUAUCGCUCGUAUGUGUGCUGUUAAUGAAAAAAUUGAGAGGGUUGUAUUUGUAGGAAACUUUCUCAGAGUAAAUCCUAUAUCAAUGAAACUUCUAGCUUAUGCUAUGGAUUAUUGGUCUAAAGGAACUAUGAAAGCUUUAUUUCUAGAACAUGAGGGUUAUUUUGGUGCUGUAGGAUGUCUGCUUCAAUUUAAAGGUGAAACAAAAGUAUAGAGAGAAAUAAUAUAUAAACAUAUAUAUCAUUCCAUUUGAUUCUCUAAUUCAAAUGAACCUUUUUCAUGAAAAUAAUUAUAUAAUUAUUUAACAUAAUUAUUUAUUUUCUUAUAUAAUAUUUAGUUUCUCAGGAAGUAUUUUAGUAAUGAUAUAAAUAUAAGAUCAGGAUUGUAUUACUUUUAAAUGUAGUUAUAUUUGUUAUAGUUUUAAUGAAUGAGCACAGUAUGAUACUUUAAAACACGUUACAUAAUUGUAUAAAACUGCAUAAAAACCUAAUGUGGGCACAAACCUUGCAUGACUUUAUAUAGAAGAUUAUAAUGGACCAAGACUCAAACGCAUAAAUGCUACACAAUAUUCUUUAUAUCAGUAAAAUGAGUCUACCUCAUAUUUUAUUUUUUAAAUGUUUUUAUAAAUAUAUGCUCACAUAAACAACAUAGUAUUUGUUAUAAUUAUAUACAAUCUUUUAAUUGUCUAUGAUUAUUAAAAAACAGAAGAAAAAGAUCAAUUAUAUUGAUAAGUACUUAACAUGUAUUACUAUUAUUAUUAAUAAUUGUUAUUAUUAUUAAUAGUUUUUACUUUAUUAAAAGACAAAGUAUAAUAAUUGAUUAGUAAUUUGUUACGAUAAUGAUCAAAAUUAAUACAAAUUAAUAUAUUGUUUAGUGGCCACAUUUAUAGGUUAAUAACAUGCAUUUUUUAGUUAUUUUCAAAAUAUAUUUGAUAAUAUAUUUAUCAUUACUGAAUUAUAAGUACGUGCGAUGCUUCGAGAUAUGAACAUAUAACAUAUUGUUAAACAUUUUUUUUAUAGAAUAAUUUAUAACAUAAACAAUAGAACGAUAAAUAUCACAAUGAUAUUUGUUUUAUAACACUAUAAAAAAAAUGUUUUUUCUAAACGUAUUUUAUGAUACAUUUAUUAUUAUGGCUAAUAUUUGUAUAAAUUUACAAAUAUAUAACAAAAAGAAGAUUUUUAAAUUUGUUUAUAAGUUUAUUUUUAUGAAAUAGAAUAUAUAUAGUUUUCUUAUAUUAAUAAAUAAUUUCGUAUUGGAUGCGAAAUAUUAGAAAUUUUAUAUUGUAAACGAAAUUUAUUUUAAAUAUGUUUAAUAGACUUACAUACAUGCAUUUAAUGUGUUUUUCAUUGCAUGAAUAUUUAUAAUAAAAUUAUAUAAAAAUAAAUAUUAUUUUAUUAUAUUUGUAAUAAAAUAACACAAUUAUUAGGAAAUAAAA